GGUUGGGCACGGCGGCUGAGGGAAGGCUGGUACUCACUUGCAUUACGGGCUAGUGUUAUGCUUUCUGCUGAUGAUGUUCAUCAAAUGGAGGAUGUUCUAGAUAGGCUAUUGAGCCUCCGGGACAGUAUGAUAAGAACUUGUGCAAACAUGCGCUCUUUCUUGGAUACAUUGGCCCAAAACAACGGGGAUAUCGACGAUGGCGCAUUGACAGAAGCAGCCGUGAGAGAGUCAUUAGAGGAAGCAGUGCUCAGCCCAAUGCCUGCAACUAGAGCAUCAGUUGAGGCCUUGGAGAAGUUUGUGUUUGAUGGAGAGGUGCAACGCGGUUCUAGCAGCGAUCAACGUUGUGUGGUUUGCUUGGGAAAGAUGUUGAGUGGGGAUCAAGUCACUUGCUUGCCAUGCUCUCACAUGUUUCAUGGACAUUGCAUUGAACAGUGGUUGAGGUAUGGUCAUGUAUGCCCUCUGUGUAGGUUCAAGUUGCCAACUGAUUAUUGAUACAGAUAUAUGGGAUUGUU